AUGGACAAACAGAUAAAGUACAUGAAAGCUAGUGCGUCAGACGGAGUGCUGACCGAGCACAUAUCCUAUCAUGACGUACAUCACUAUGUCGUGAUCUACGUAAUGCUGAUCGCGGGAGCUAUCGCUCUCGCUGGUGUGGUGUGCUGGUGUGGCAGCGUCGGCGAGCACGACCAGCAACAACCUCGAGCCUUGAAGCGCAGCCGUGCACGGAAGCACGGUCAGCGCAAGCAGCGUGCCUGGAAUCGCAGGCAAUUAGGCAAGCGCCGGCGUAUCACCGCGCAGGAAUGCCUGACGUCGAACUUCCAACAGCGAGCAACGAGCCUUUUUCGGUCAGAUGUGUUAGUAAGCCUGCAGUGA